AAAACCAGGUCUGCCGAAACCCGGGAUCGAACCAGGGACCUUUAGAUCUUCAGUCUAACGCUCUCCCAACUGAGCUAUUUCGGCGACGUGCCCAAGUUCGACUCACCAUACAUCAAAGGGGUCUAUAUGUCUCAUGUACGGUAAAAGCAAUUGUUAGAAGAUAUGCCAAAGGCGACACUUCUCUGUGAUGUGUCGUUUUUUGCAACUACAAGCAGCAAGCACACGUGAUUUUGUUAUUAGACCCCCCCUCCUCUGAGUCAGCAGUUUACACACUGGGAGGGUGGGAUUAUUUUCAGUUCUUUUAAAUCGAAACUAACAGAACCAAAAGUAAAUGUUGUUUGGUUGACUGGCUGCGACUUAAAACAGACGGUCACAAUGUCAGUUCAGUUCUCUGGAUGGGAGGUGGUGGACGAUGGUGCCUGCUUUCCUGGCGUGACGCUGGCGCCCGCACAGACGCCUCAGAACAAGGGCAUCUACAAAAUGUUUCACGGAACCAGCGUUGCCAGUGCACGGGCCAUCAUUGCUGGUGGAUUCCAGCCGUCGUCCGGUGGCAUGCUGGGAAAGGGCGUGUACAUGAGCAGGGAUGUGAAGAAGGCCUCUAACUAUCCCCAUCUAAGUAUCUCUAGUAACCGUGUGAUUUUAGAGCUGCGUGUUCGUGUAGGCCGUGUCAAGCGUAUUGACAAGGACAACCAUCCUUUGCAGUACACCUGGAGCAGCCAAGGCUACAACACCGCUUGGGUACCCCCCAAGAGUGGCAUGAAAUCUGUGCCCAGCGGCCUGGAGGAGGACUGUGUGUUUGACCCUAAAAGGGUGACAGUUGUGGGCAUCGCAAAAGCACCAACCACCGCAAUAGAGAAGGAGCUUCAGCAGCUUCUCGACAAAUCGUCUAAACAACCCAAGGGAAAAGCUGGUCACCAUAAAGAUGUUUGUCCCCUGUGCAAGAGGAAGACCCAACAAGGAGCUCAUCACAUCAAGCAGAAGUGCUGGAAGUGUGGUCAAGACAUCUGCAUUCUCAUGUCCAAGCACUUCUGUCAAAGGAAACGAUUUUAUGUUAUUCCUAAAUUCAGCAUCUUAAAACAGUUGACAGCAAAGCGUCGACAUUCAGCCUUUAGUGAUUGUUUAUUCCUUUCACAGGUGCUGAUACUUUCAGAACGUGUCAGGAUGUCACUGCAGUUCUUUGGCUGGGAGGUGACCUAUGACGAUGACUCUCCUCGUCUGGAGCUGGGGGCCUCGCAAGAACCCAAAGACCGGGGCGUCUACACCAUGUACCACGGCACCACUGUUGCCAAUGCGCGUCUCAUCAUUGCCAAUGGCUUUCAGCAGUCAACCAAGGGCAUGCUGGGGAACGGUGUGUAUGUAAGUCGUGACAGAAAGAAGGCAGAACGUUAUCCUCUGAACAUUAACGCUGCAGAUCGCGUGGUGCUGAAGCUGCACGUGCGCGUUGGCCGCGUCAAACGCAUAGACAAGGACAACCAUCCGAUGCAGUACACCUGGAGCACGCAAGGCUACGACACAGCUUGGGUACCCCCCAACUGUGGCAUGAAAGCUGUGCCCAGCGGCCUGGAGGAGGACUGUGUGUUUGACCCAAGCAGAAUAACGGUCGUGGACAUUGCUAAGGCUCCCAACGCAGACCUGGAGCCACUUAAACAGCUUGUCGCCAACAGUCUCAGAAAGCCCACAGUUGCAGCUGGCAGUGGGGCUGCAGCAGCUGAUUGUUCACUGUGCAACAGGAAACUACAGCGCAAUUCUGCACAUGUCAAGCAAAAGUGCUGGGGAUGUGGGCAAAACAUUUGCACACUAAUGACCAAACAUGUCUGUCCAGUCAGGAUUUAAGAGGAACUUAAAUCUGAUGGGCUUGAUUCACUUAAUCCAGUGACGUGCCGGGAAACAAACUGAAUGUAACUUAGGACAAUAGACGUUUCUCAGGAUACCCAUGUACUUUGGAAACAGCCUGGCUUCUUCUUUUUCUUCCACAAACAACUGUGAUGUCGUAAUGUGCAUCAACUUAAGCCAAACUUUAUGAUAAUUUUACCAUUAUAUUUUAUCAUGUACGAAAUAGCUUUAAUAGGAUCAUGUGCUGGUGUCAAUAGAAGACAAUCUACGAUGGGCAAAAUGUCUUUAUUUCAUGAUUGCAUGUUGUUUGGACUUUACUUAAAAAAACUGACUUUAUAGCCAUAAUGCAAAAAAUAAAAUAAAUGGAAUAAAAUAAUGCGAAUGAAUCAAUCAUUUUGAUUUCAGAUUCA